UCUCCCUGGUCACACUUCCAGACAAAUCCACAAAAUGCACAAAUAUAAAAGUAAUUAACUGAACUCCGAUUCUAAAGAAACAAAAGAAAGACGAAUUUUAUCAGGAAACAUUGCAGAUAAGUGUCAAGUCGAACGUAAACACGAAAUGACCGAAGAAGACUCGUUCGUUAUUUUGGGCAGUUCGCCGUUAUCUUCGCUCUGCUCGCACGGCAAUUCAUUGCUAACCGAUGCAUUGGACAAGGAAGAAAAUGGAACUGCCGAGGAAGCUGAAGAAUUACCAAAGCCGGUGGCUGCUGAAACCCCAUCCAGCUCGACUCAAGUGAGUGCUAUAACUCAGAAGGCCAAUUCCAUGGAGGAAAGCCUGCCCGCAACUUUGCCUUCAGGGCAAAGUUCGUUGGCAGCAAGUUUUCUAAUGGGCGAGGUUAAUCCCGAUGUGCUUAAGAACAGCGUUUACUCACAGUUUCCCAGCCUUUGCUCGAUGCAAGCCUGCGCCGAGGAUGUUGUAAAGCUGCAGACGAUGAUGACCGAUUACAUGGCAUUAAAACAAACGUUGGAUAAAGUCACGCACACUAUGCAGGAAUAUUACAAAAUUACACAGCAAUGGCGCAUGGAAGCAAACGCCCGAGAGCAAAAUUAUCAGGAGCAAUUAAAGGAAUGCCAAACACAGAUCGAAAAGAUAAGCGAGGAAAAUCAACAGCUGAAAAAGGAAUUGGAAAUGAACUUGGAACAAAUACAUUUGGUUGAAGAGAUACACCAGAAGGAGCACGAUGAGCUCAGGCAAAGUGUUUCAGAAAAAUCAUCGCUGAUCAACAACAUGCGUGUUGAAAUUGACAGGCUGCAGAAGCACCAACUGAAUUCUUACGAGUAUGUGCCUGAUGAGAGUAUUCCCGAGCCGGAUUAUAAGAAAAUAUUAGACGAACAUGAAGUCAAAGAUCUGCAGCGACAGAUGUCUGCAUUAUUGGCCGAAAAUCUGGAAUUUAAGGACAUGAAAAAAACCUAUAUUGAGGAAAUAGAUUGCUUGAAGGUGAACUUAACCAGCGCAGAGGAGCUCUUAAAUGUCAUGCGUGCCGAUGUCAAUGCGUUAAAGGCAAAAGAUGCACAAAAAGAUGAUGAGAUAACACAUUUGAAGACACAGAUUGAUAUUUAUCGACGCGAUUUUGAAAUGGAGCGCGCUGAUCGUGAAAAGAACGCUGGCGAAAAGGAACAGUAUCUGGUGGAUCUGCGCGCAUUACAGCGGCGCAAUCAAGAGCUAAUCGAAGCGUUAGCCGAAGCGCACAAAUCCAACAAGUCCGGCCAUGCUUCAUCUACAUUAGGCGCCAGCAAAAACAACCUGCGAGACGAGCAGAGACCAGUAAGAGUUUUAGAUCCCACAGGCGCAGCCGCUAGGACUUCGGAUUCUGUAUUGCGAUGUCCCAUCUGCUCGAAAUCGUUUAGCGCUUUGACUGUUUUGCAAAGUCAUGUUAAUGAUUGCUUGGACAAGAAUUAAUCGGUUCACAAUAUCAAAUACAAAAAGUUUUAUUUAAAAAAUUA